UCAAAUCAAUCCAAAUACACACGUCCAGAUCCAGUUGGAGACGGACGAAACUGUUUUGGUCUCUCAGCAAAAAUCAACAUCGAAUUAAUGGCGUCAUUAAAAAGCAGUACACCAUCGUCAUUCUCUAUCCUGAAACCUCCAUUACCAACAGUCUUCCUCCAUACUUCACUUCUUUCAUCUUCGAAACUUCAAUUUCAAACUUGCAAUGGUGUUGCAGCUUUUUCAUAUGGGAGGAACUUAUCUUCAAAACUCAAUAAUGGGACAUGUUUUCGGGUGAAAUCACAAUUAGAAUUCAAUUUUCCUGUCAUUUCGCCGGAUGAUCACUGGGGCAUAUGGUCUGUUCUUUUCUCCACUGGAGCAUUCGGUCUUUGGUCGGAGAGGACCAAGAUUGGGAACAUGAUCAGUUCUGCACUCGUGAGCAUUUUGAUUGGCCUAGCAGCAAGUAAUCUAAGGAUCAUUCCUUACGAAGCAACAGCAUAUUCCAUUGUGUUGGAAUACUUGUUACCUUUGACUGUUCCUUUGCUCUUGUUUAGAGCUAAUUUGCGUCAAGUUGUUCAGUCAACUGGGAGGCUACUUUUGGCGUUCUUGCUUGGCACAGUGGCGACAGUUAUUGGGACGGUGUUAGCAUUUUUUAUAGUUCCCAUGCGAUCACUUGGUGCUGAUGGUUGGAAAAUUGCCACUGCACUUAUGGGCAGCUACAUUGGUGGAUCUGUCAAUUACAUUACAAUUUCAGAGGCUCUUGGAGUUUCUCCAUCAAAUGUGGCUGCUGGCGUAGCUGCGGAUAAUGUCAUUUGUGCUAUUUACUUUAUGGUAAUAUUUGCUAUAGCGUCCAAAAAAACUCUUGUACCCUCCACUUCCGCUACAGAUAUGAUUACUUCAGAGAGUAAAGCUGCAGUUAAGCUUUUUACACUACCUACUGCUACGUCUAUUGCUGUAUCUUCUGCUAUUUGCUGCUGUGCCGUCUUCAUCGCUAAACUUUCUGGAAUCCAAGGAGGCACCAUUCCUGUAGCUACCGCAUUAGUAGUGGUUCUAGCUUCUGUCUUUCCCUCAGUGUUCAAUCACCUUGCACCUUCUGCAGAGGCUUUAUCUUUGGUUUUGAUGCAGGUGUUCUUUGUUGUGAUUGGUGCCAGUGGCAAUGUCUGGAGUGUUAUCAGAACCGCACCGAGUAUAUUUUUGUUUGCAUUUGUACAAGUUACAGUCCAUCUGGCUGUCAUUCUGGGUUUGGGGAAGCUAUUUCACUUUGAUAUGAAGCUGCUACUUUUGGCUUCUAAUGCUAAUAUUGGAGGCCCGACCACAGCAUCAGGAAUGGCUACGGCCAAAGGGUGGGACUCUCUGAUCAUACCUGGAAUUCUUGCUGGCAUUUUUGGCAUAGCGAUUGCUACAUUUGUUGCUAUUGGUGUUGGAAUAACAGUACUUAAGCACAUGUAAAAUUAUGAAUUUGAGGUAUGCACAUAAUGUCAGAUUCCUUUUUGAGUAUAUUACUGUUCAACAUGCUGCUGAACUUGUGAAGUAGGGAGCUGGAAUCAUUCAAUUCUGAUUCUAACGCAGAAUCUCUAACCGCUAGCCCCCACUCUCUCUCCAAAGACCUGCGAAACAGAAGCUCGCUUAAGGUCAUUCAAUUACUUGGUUUUUGGCUAUCCUAAUAUGUUACUUCCAGCAGAGGAUGAGCUCUUUUCUCAAUGCUCUUAGUUAACCUUUUUUAAGGAGUUUUUGUGUUAUGACUUAUGUGUUAUUUGGUUACAUAUGCUUCGGGUUUCAUUAGCCAAGUACAGGUUUUGUUUGCUAUAAUGUUAAUAAGUUACUGUGCUACAUAUAGAUAGAUAAAGAAAGAGGUUCUACUUGUUUAUCGGAAGUUUGAACUUCGAUCAUUAGUUUUCCUUUUUUUGCAUUUUGGUCAUUUAGUUUUCUUUUUCUUAUUGCGUUUUGGACCUUUGUUUUUUUAAAGGUAUGUGUUCUUGUUUGUUAUUUGAAGCUAGUGGUUUUGUAGAUGCAUGGGUGCUAGCUUACAUGGGAGUAGAUAUUUUAUGCCAUCAUCACUGAUUAUAGUUUUGUGUUUACUUAAAAUUAAACUAGAUUUUCCUUAGUUUCAUUUAGUUUCUUGUAACUUCAGUUGUCGAAAAUGAAAGGGUGGCAUCUUAUAGAUAAAUUAAUAAAUAAAUGUCUUUCAGUUUGGAUUAUGAAAGCUUAUAUGUCAUAUUCGAAUUGACAUCUGUUUUAAAAAAAAUUAAUGGCCUUGAUCUUCUUUUUUAUUUUUUGGUGUUAGUCUACUCGUAUUUUACUUAUUUCAGAGGUCCAUACUGGGUCAAUCUGUAUUACCAUCAAUGGAAGUUGUGAAUAAUGGAGGUUCAUAUUAUGAUAUGUUCCUUAUUCAUCAAAUUAGAUCAUGUUAUGCCCAAAUGAAUUAAGCCUAUAGGAGUAUAAAAUAACAAGGAGGAUUUUACUGUACAUUUGCUUUCUUGCUUUGCAGCCUUGUAUUGCUUAUGUCCUUCAUACAACUGGGAAUUUCCAUUUAGGUUUACACAUUCUUUGUUGGUACUUGGUACCACUAGAUUCAUAGUUCUAUAAUUAAUUGUGGAUAUUUGACCUUUCUUUCCAAUUAGUUUAUUUGUCCGUAAAUGAUUUCUUAUACUUAAGGUGUAAAGCUGCACGAAACAUGCCAUUUAAGACUUCUAAUUAUCCUAUUGUGUUAGAUUUUUAUAUGGAACUGUCACAUUACGUCAUGUUCUGGAAAUUGGCCACAGACGGGCAGAAAGAGACAAUGAGUUAUUGAUGUUCAAGCAACUACUCUAGGCAAUGACUCUUCGGUCUUCAGCCAAUAAUGCGUUGACUGAUUAUGGUUCAAAAAAAAUAAGCGGAUAAUGCAAUUGUGCAGAUAGACGAGUAAGAGUUACAAGUUUGUUAGGACUUUGUUCUUGCGUAUGUUGAGCUUUAUUAGAAGUAGUAAGGUAGUUUUGUUCAUGUAAAAGUAUGUAGUAUUUCUAGUUUGAUUGUACUGGGUAAUAAGUGAAUUUAAAGCUUCAUAUACACAGCUAUCUUAUUGUGAAUUCACUCAAGUUUCUAAGAAGUGAAAUACAAUACACGUUUAUUCAUAUUGUUGCAUUUGGUGAGUCAAACCAUGUUUUAGAAACCAAUUACCUUAUUGUGAGUGAAGCAUUGAGAGAAGGUGUCCAAUUAGGUGUGAGCAAUCAACCAAGGUCAAUUGAAGAGUGAGCAUUCGAUAAGAUAGCGAACCUUCAUAAACAAUCACUUUUAUCUGAUGUUCUUAAGUUGAGUUAUGCUCAAACAAGUUAUUCCGCAUUCGCACGUUAUCUAGUUGAGUAGUCGAGCAAUCCUAGAAGAUUGAUGCAGAAGCAAUACCAAGGCUCCUUGAGAAGGUCUUCAACUCAGCCCACCUCCCUGAGACGCCCAUUUCGCCAUUCGUUUUGCUGGUGCCUCUAGGAAUUGUUACAUUAAUGAAGCUCAUUUUUCUUUAACUGGAUAAUGCCCUUGUGAGUUGGCAUUUCUGCAACUACUAUUAUGUUCCUCGUCAAGCAUCCAUUCAGAAUGCACGGCAUGGAGCAUCAGAAAUAGCAAGUUAAUGUUCCUUUCGACUUUUCUCUUUUCCAUAUGAAUACAUAUUUUUUGUUGUCAGUUUGAUCACGUCUAUGCAGUAGUAAUCAGUAAACAUUUACUGUGGCUUUAAAUUUUAACAUGAAUUCGGAUAAGCUGAACAUUGUCUUCAAAAGUGGAGGGAGUUGGAGGACAAAGAUGAACAAAUUUUUUUUUUUAUUAUCUUUGCUAAACAAGCUUGAAGUUUCUGUUGAAAGAGCGUAUGGACCUUCAUCAACCAGUUUCCCGAAGUAUGGCAGAAACUUAUCAAAAUCUUAUAUUUGGUCUCUGUAUUUUUUUUUUAAAUUUUUUUUAUUAUAAAUGUUCAAGCCUUUGCAACAAGAUCAUUCAUUAUAAUCUGUCUAUUGCAGAUCUGAAAAGCCAAUGCUUGGAAUUGAAUAAAGCUCCCCAUAGUGUGUACUCGGCUACUCGCUGUUCCCUAUCAGGCUAUCUCCUACGACCUAAUUUAGUUGAGGGGUUUCAGAAUCAGGUUUAAAAGUCAGAACCCCAAAACUUGGCCCCUUUGUUUGAAAAUUAGGUGAUAUUCUUGAAACUUAACUUGACCAAUUGAUGAAUCAACCCAGAACCAACAUAGGCAGGCUUGUAAUUUGUUGAAUAAUUACGAUGAUUUAUAAUUCAUUAGCCAUGAGUUGGAAUAAAAGACUUGCUUACCAGAGAUUAAUUAAGUUGAUCAUUCAAAAGCGCAUUGAUUAGAUUCUCAACCCAAACCCGCUAAUUUCAGGUGUGGUUCAGGUCAGGUUGUUGAGUUGGGUUUGCUUCUCUCGCUUGAUUCUGAACUUGUGCUUUUGUUCUGUGCAAUGGAGCCAUAAAAGAAUCACUAUGAUAUUGAACUAGAUAACAGUGGAUUAUGGGACUUCUUUUUGCUCCUUUAUCAAAGGGUAAGGCGUUCCAGGCAUGAAUUGUUUGUACUUAUCACUGGAGGCAGCUGGAUAACCCCAUUUAUAUCCCAUACUUCAAGAGCUAAUCUGUCGAUCCAAUGCAAAGAAAAAGUCCCACGAGAUCAGCUCAUCUGUGCCUUUAAGCAUGCCACUGAUCUCAACGUGCUCAAUAUCUUGCUUCCUACUGAAUCCGACAGUUAGAAGCUCAUCCGGACCAAAUGGUUCAAGCCCAACCCAUCUGAGUUGCUCAUCACUCCAGUUUUGGGUCCCAAUAGCUAGCUCUAUUUUUGCCUCAUUACCACAUACUCAUUCGUCCUGUUUCUUGUCCUCCUCAAUCACUCCAUCAUAUCUAUCCUAUUGAGCAAGGAUCAGAACAAACAGUCAGUAUUUCACUAUUUCGGUUUGGUGGGAUCUUUUGUAAUAUGCAUCAGCAUUAUCCUCAUCAGCCUUUUACAGAAAAUUUGUCAAAAUUCAAACAGCAAGACGUCAUAGUCAUGGCUUCUGAAGUCCCGACCUGCAAGCUUGAGACAUGAUGUUGCAAGUAUAUGUCCUUGUGGUGCAAAAAGUUUGCAUUUUGAGUACCUUAGCUUCAAUUGCUACUGUUCAUCAUUUUCUGUAUCAUAUUUAUUUGUAUUAUUUCGUUUUUUAUGUAGUAAUUGAAUGCUUUUGCUUUAAGGCUCCAUUAAAGUUCUAAUUCUCAUAUAGGAAUUACUAGAGAAGGGAAGUUCUCUUACAAGAGGCAAGAACCCUAAAUAUGGAGUCGAAAACCGGAUGUCAAGGUCCUAUAGGUUCUAAUUCUUAUGAUUGGAUCAAGUAUAAUUGUAUAUCUAAGAGUUUUAUUGGUCGGACAUUGCAACUAAAAGAACGGACAAAGUGAAGUACAGAGAAAUCAACCACUAGGCCAAUAACAUAUAGAAUCGAGUUGGCUGGAAUCUUAACUGUAGCAGAGAUUUAUAUCGUCAUUCAUCGUUCUUCCUUUAUAUUUAAGAAACUUUUGUGGUGUAGAACUUGAUAUUGGACUAUUUAAAAUGAUAUAUUGAAUUAUGUACACUUUUUAUUUAUGUGAAGAAUUUUCUUGCGGCACAAUGACA